AUGUCACCAAAAUCAGAAUGCCUUGCCCAUGCUCUCGUAUUGCAAUUUCUCGAGCAGAAGGGAUAUAGCAAAGCUCUCGCUGCCUUUAAAGAAGAAGCAGGAAGCAUCAUUGCAGAAGACAAAUUAGCGGGAAAACCACGCGAAAGUCUGACCAAGUUGGUUGACGAAUAUGCUGUUGGUCAGUUGGGAUCCAAAAUGAAUAAGCUCAGCUUGAAAAGACAAAUUGAAGACGACCUUUCAACACACGGCGCAAACCACUACCCGCAACACCUCUACGAAACAUUACCUAAAAUUCACACCAGCAACAUUUUAACCGUCCGCACGCAAAUCCUUCCCAUUAGCAACUUUAUUGACAAUGACUACAUCUCGUCUCAGGUUCCGACAUUGGUCACUGGCUCGGCUGACAAGACAGUAAAGAUAACGUCUCUGCUCACCGGUGACACCAUCAGUAUCUUUAGCCAUCACAGUGGCGGCGUUUUGUGCGUUGAUUUCCAUCCGCAAUAUCCAAGUUUGAUGUUGACAGCCUCUUUGGAUGGAACCGCGGCAUUGAUCGAUGUGGUCAAAAACGACAAGGUGCAGAUCUUUAAAGAUUUGCAUAGUAAACCCAUCGUUAAGGCCAAGUUUUCAAACGAUGGAAAUUUGUUUGUGACCGCUAGUUACGAUCAUACAUUGAACUUUUUCAAAAUGGUGCCUCCUGUCACGCCCACUACUCCCGUCACUCCCGCUACACCCCAGACUCCUCGAUCACCUACCUAUGUGUCGCCGACAGGAAUAAAAUACGUAAAGAUACAUACAAUGAAAUUCCCAUCGGCAUUGGAGGCUAUUGCUUUUCUUCCAGACGGACAUACGCUCAUCGUCAGUAUACGGGAGAAUAAUUAUCUGCACUAUAUUGACCUUCUCACGUUCAACGUAGAGAAAUACAACAUGAAUGCGAAUGGAGAUGAUCAUGUGUCGUUUACUGCCAUGGACAUAUCACCAUCACCACAUAACAACGGUGCGUACAUUCUCGUAUCUACCGAUAAAUCCCGUGUAAUACUCUUCCGCACUCGUUCGUCAGAACAGCUGCGCAAUUUCUACGGAGUUACAGUGGGCGAAUUAUUUACUCCCAGACACUGUUGGCAUCCGAGCGGAAAAUAUUUCUUUGUAAACGAUGGAGAUGGACAAAGUGUGAGUGUGGUCGAUGUGGUCGAGGAAAAAAUAUUGCGGAAAUUAGAGGGACAUGAGGCGCAAGUUAGAGACUUAUGGUUUGAUUCAGAAAGAGAGUUAUUGAUUACUUGUGGCUUUGAUAAAACGGUCAUAGUGUGGGGGUGCGAUGAGAGUGCGAAGAUUGCGAGCUGA